AUAAAAGAGAGACCAUGCAUUUCUGAGAAGCUUAGCUCAGACACAGUCGGCUACAUGUGAAAAUGAUACUCCUAUACAGUUGGUUAUAUAUACUGUCCAAUCACAAAUUAUUUGAGGUCCAUUUCAACUACCCCUUGCUUGGCCACAAAUUCUUUGUUUGCAUGCUUGCAAAUUUUAUAAAUUCUUUUACGGUUUUUCAGUUGCUUCACCACAACCAGCUGCAAUUAACCAACCAGACCUGAGAGCCCCCCUGCAUUAAAGCUUUCAAAAAAAAAUAAAAAUGGUGGCAGUUUUCAACAAAGAACUCUUAAGCUGGUACCUACUCACUCUGAAACUCAAAGAAACUGUAGAAUCUGGAGUUUCUACGCCACAAGCUUCAGCGCUGUACCGAUCAGAGCAAGCAUACCUUCUCGAACAUCACGUCGAGACAUCGGCCACACGGGAGGCUGUUGUUUUUGAACCAGGGCCUAGGCCAGAGGUCUCUGAAUGGGUGAUCAAUAUCGGUGAAAAGCUUGAACAAGCUAGGCAAGAAGAUUUGGGUAGUUCCUGGGGGAAAGUUUCCAUUUACAAAGUCCCUCAGUAUUUGAAGGGAGGUGAUAAUAAGGCUUAUAUUCCUCAAAUUGUGUCAUUGGGGCCUUAUCACCAUGGCAGGAGGCGUCAUAGGAACAUGGAUCGCCACAAGUGGCGGUCUUUGUACCAGGUCUUGAAGCGUACUAAUCAGGAUGUUAAAUUCUAUCUUGAUUCUAUGAAGGAACUUGAAGAGAGAACUCGGGCUUGUUAUGAAGGGAAGAUUAAUCUUAGUAGCAAUGAGUUUGUGGAAAUGAUGGUGCUUGAUGGAUGCUUCAUUCUUGACCUGUUUCGUGGCGCUGCAGAGGGAUUCCAGCAGAUUGGCUACUCUCCAAAUGAUCCUGUGUUUGCUAUGCGUGGAUCGAUACAUUCUAUUCAGCGUGACAUGAUUAUGCUUGAAAAUCAGAUUCCCCUUUUCGUUCUUGAUCGGUUAUUAGGCCUUCAGUUAGGUUAUCCUGAUCAGGUAGGGCUUGUGGCAAGGCUGGCCCUUGGCUUUUUUGAUCCAUUAAUGCCAACGGAUGAGCCAUUGACAAAGAGUAGCCGGGACAAACUAGAGUCAUCAAGAGGAUCUACAAAUACCCUUGACUCUUUAUCAGGUCAAGGACUUCAUUGCCUGGACGUUUUCAGGCACAGUUUGCUGCGUAAAGGGGCUUCCCCUAAGCCACGGGUCUGGAAGAAGCAAUGGUCACAUGUUUGUCGUGUUGCAGACAAGCGCAGGCAACAGUUGACACACUGCGUAACAGACCUAAGAGAGUCUGGAGUCAUGUUCAAGAAAAGGAAGACGGAUCGCUUCUGGGAUAUCACAUUCAGUAAUGGCCUCCUUGAGAUUCCUAGGCUCUUGAUCCAUGAUGGUACCAAGUCACUCUUUCUCAACCUCAUAGCAUACGAGCAGAGUCAUCUGGACUGUGGCAAUGAAAUAACAUCAUACGUGAUCUUUAUGAACAAUAUGAUUAACACGACUGCUGAUGUAGGUUACCUCCAUUACUGUGGGAUCAUUGAGCAUUGGCUUGGUAGUGAUCAUGAAGUUGCUCAACUCUUUAAUAAGCUCUGUCAAGAGGUCGUUUUCGAUAUCAAUCACAGUUACCAUUCGCGUCUGUCAGCAGAGAUAAACAAAUUUCAUGACCACAGGUGGAACACCUGGCAGGCAACCUUGAAGCAUACCUACUUUAACAAUCCCUGGGCAAUCAUCUCAUUUAUUGCAGCUGUGGUUCUGCUAAUUCUUACUUUCGCCCAGACCAUCUACGGUGUGUUUGGUUUUUACAAUCCGAGUAACUGAGACUAGCAAGCCUCUGUUCUUGUCAGCCAUUGAAUCACAAAGUUAAACCGUUACUCGAGCAAGUAGAAACUACAAGGUGUUCUUAUAAGUACCUCUGUACAGGUUAUUGGUGUUUACCUUUCCAUUAGGCUAUUCUUUUGUUGUUUGGAUGUGUGUAAGCAUUUUUGUAACUAUCUAAUUAUUCUGCAGUACUAGUGAUGAAUGCAACUCUGUAUGUUAUUUGCUCGAAAAAUGGGUUGUAACCAGUGACUUGUAUAUGACUUGCUACCAUCUUUCAUCUGAGAGGCUGAGAGCACAUCUGCAGUUUGUGUCAUUACAAGAUUUACAGUUGAAGUUUCUUUGAUUGCCUAAA